CUGUCUCUUUCUCUCUCUCACUCUACACACACUCAUCCUCACCUUUGUCCUGCCUUUACAUAUAAGUGUGUGUGCGUGUGUGUAUUGUGUGUGUUUGCAAGAGCGAGAGAAAGAGAAAGCGCAGAGAGAGACAGAGACAGAGAGUAACUGAUGCGCACCUUUCUUGAACUCUGUCUACACGCAAUUGUCCUGCACUCAUUUUGCUGUAUUUGGACGUCCCGGACUGAAGUGUUCACACAUGUGGCUAAAACUUUAGAGGAUGUACUACGUGAAAAAGAAGUCCCAGUAUAACUUGCUCAGCAGCAGCAUGGAGAGUCUGGGGAGCAGGGCCAGGCCCGCCAGCCCCUACAGCUCGGAGAACGCCUCUUCGGCCGUGCCCACCCCCUCGCCCUACUCCACCUUCGAGGGCCUGUCGCCCGCCCCGACCAUCCCCUCCAACACCGACUACCCGGGAUUGCACACCUUCCAGGUUUCCUUCCAACAGUCCAGCACUGCCAAGUCGGCCACAUGGACAUACUCCCCUCUGUUGAAGAAGCUCUACUGUCAGAUUGCCAAGACGUGUCCCAUCCAGAUCAAGCUGUCCUCCUCUCCUCCCCAUGGAAGCAUUAUCCGCGCGAUGCCUGUCUACAAGAAGGCCGAGCAUGUGACCGAAGUAGUCAAGCGUUGCCCCAACCACGAGCUAGGCGGAGAGUACAAUGAAGGUCAAGCAGCCCCAGCCAGCCAUCUCAUCCGAGUGGAAGGGAAUAACCUCUGCCAGUACAUGGAUGAUCCAGUAACGGGCCGACAGAGUGUCUUUGUUCCCUAUGAGACUCCACAGGUGGGGACAGAGUUUACCACCAUUUUGUACAACUUCAUGUGCAACAGCAGCUGUGUGGGCGGCAUGAACAGGAGACCCAUCCUUAUUAUUAUUACUUUGGAAUCAAGAGAUGGACAAGUAUUAGGUCGGAGAUCAUUUGAAGGCCGUAUAUGUGCGUGUCCUGGUCGGGAUCGCAAAGCAGAUGAGGACCACGUGAAUGGCAAUGCCAAUAAGCGCAGUUUCAAGCAGAGCCCACCAAAUAUUUCCAGCCCAAAUGUAAACAUUAGGAAGCGGCGGCAUGGGGAUGAGGAGAUUUACUAUAUUCCUGUUCGUGGUCGGGACAACUUUGAGCUGUUGAUGAAGAUUAAAGACAGUUUGGAGCUAGUGGAGCUUGUCCCUCAGCCACUUAUAGACUCCUACAGGCAACAAACACAACAACAGUUGCUACAAAGACCAAGUCACAUAGCACCACCCUCUUCUCCAUUGUCAAAUAUGAACAAGCUUCACCCGCAUGGAGGUCUCAGUAAAUCCCAGCCAGCCAACCACAUGGCAGGGCAACAGCCACAACACCACCCCACUAGCCACACCCCCAUGGCUCAUAUGAGCCACAACAUGCUCAACAGCCACCACAUGCAGUCUAACGGUGACAUGAACGGUGGUCACGGUGGUCACGGCAGUCAGACUUUAGUGUCUGCUUCACAUUGCAGCCCACCCCCUCCGUAUAACCCUGACCCCAACCUUGUCAGCUUUCUAACCAGCCUUGGCUGCCAAAACUUCAUUGAAUACUUCACCUCUCAAGGCCUCCAAACUAUCUAUCAUCUCCAGACUCUCUCCAUGGAGGAAUUAGGCGCCCUGAAGAUCCCAGAGCAGACUCGCAUUGCCAUUUGGCGAGGACUCCAGGACAUGAAACAAGGCUCUUCGCUCCAGCUGCCUGCCUCCUCACACCACCACGACUACCACGGCCAACAACUUCUCCGCUCCAGCAGCAACAUGGCCACCUCCACCAUGGCCGCCAUUGGGGCCGCCAGCGGAGAGCUGCAACGUCAACGCGUCAUGGAGGCCGUGCACUUUCGCGUCCGCCACACCAUUACCAUACCCAACAGGUCGGGUGUCGUUGGGACUUCGGGGAUGGUGGCGGGGACUGACGAGUGGGCUGACUUUGGUUUCGACAUGCCCGACUGCAAGGUGGCACGCAGCAAGCACCCCAUAAAGGAGGAGUUCAUGGAAAGAGAUGUUCACUGAUCCCACAAACAAGUCCCUGCUGUAUUUUACCAAUUUUCUCAGCAACAGCCUUUUCAAAGACUGCUACGACAGGAUGAGUGAAUAUGCGAUUCCAUAGACAUUACUCCGUGUUGCUUUAUUGAAUUGUUAUCGAUGUGUAAUUGUGAAACUUAAACAGAACCUCCAGUUGGGCAUUGCAACCAUUUAUUCAACAAUUGGUUGUCCUACUGUGUAAAUAUUAUCGGCCCUUAGUAAAAACAUUGGAUACCAAUUGUGCACAUGCUUCAACAGUAUUUUCUCUGAACACCAGAUGUGAAAUCAGAGUUAUGUCAUUCUGAACGGCGCCCCUGUUUACCAUGACGCCAGACAAAACAGUAGCCUUUAUGUCCUUCCUCUUAUGCAAAACCUUGCUGGGCAAGGUCUUCCUAUGUUAAUGCGUGAUGAGUGUCUUCUAAGUAACUUUACGGCACUUCUUUGUGAAUAUUUAACUGCAACAUUCCAGUUUUGUUUCAGGACAUCAUGCACAAAUUAUUAUGGUGCACAAAAUGUGUCUCAAAUGUGGCUUUGUUGUUGUACAUAUGUUGAACUGGUCAAGGGAGGAGCACUUUAAUGCUUUAAAAGUCAAACCUUCAAUUUUGUGUUAAACGUGCGUGUGAUCAGUAUUAAGAUGUAUAUAGGGACAAUUUUGAUAGUCUUGUUUCUAUCUGUGUAAAGUUUAUUCAGAGGUGUAACCAGUUAUCUAUUGCUGUUCACUGUUCAAUCUUUUCUAUGAUUAGGGUCAAUGUUUUUCUUGCUAAGUGUAGAUGUAGAAAUACUGAUUGUCUCCAUGUGAUGAAUGCAAAGUUAUCAACACAAAAGCAACUUAGUUUGUUUUUGAGUGCCAUUAAAACUGGUCGUGGAUAAAGCAAAGUCUUAACAAUGUCGUUAAAUUGUACGUGUUUGGUUUAUAUUGAUUAAAUCAGUGAUUCUUCA